UCUGCGCAGUAAGUGUAAACAGGAAGAGAAAAAUUAGUAGCUAUAUGUUCAUGAACGCGACGUGAAACGUUAUAGCUAGGUUGCAGCAGUCAUUUGUGAUUAACGCGUGAUAUUCUGUAAACGAGUUGGGUUCCGCACAGGAAUGUGUUAGUGCAACCAAAUUUGCUGCUUUCAAAGGAAAACCGACAAGUGCAUCUGCUGGAGAAAAGAGCCCAGUUAAUGCUAAUUUCGUUUGGCUAGCUAGCCGCUUUGACAGGCUUGACGUUAUAGAAUAGUUUAGUUGGGUUAUCUAACACUAGUUGCAUAAAAUAUUCGGGUGACUCGAGUCAUUGUCCUUGACAUUAUAGGUAUUAAAAUAAUUUUAUGUCGCAUUAUUAAAACGGCCCUCUUUAAAGGAGGCCAGUUUGCCAUAGCUGGCUAGCUAAAUAGCUACAACCGAUAUCCAGCUAAGGUUUAAAACCGUUGCCUGCAAUUCGUGAUGGCCUGUUAAACUAACUGGCUAAUGCAAUAGCUAGCUGUCGAGCUAGUCAAGUUAGCUUUUUCGCGCGACACAGAAAUAUUUAACAUUGGGUUAAUUGCCUUAAUUAAAGUACAAUUGGAAAGUUUUGAAAAUAACGUCUAAAAAUGGUUCAGAAAGACAAAAUAGUCGAAUCGUCUCAGCCAGAAAGUGACCUUAGCCCCGAAGGAACGGACGCUGGUGGUGUGGAUGUGCAGGGUUCUGUUGACCAGCACAAUAUUGUGGUUGAGAGAACAGGCCGAAGAAAAUUCAUCAGCGGUGUUGUUGAGGGCUUUUACGGCCGACCAUGGACAAUGGAACAAAGGAAAGAGCUUUUUCGGAGGCAACACAAAUGGGGACUGAACACAUAUCUGUAUGCACCAAAAGAUGACUACAAACAUAGAAUGUUUUGGAGAGAGAUGUACUCAGUUGAAGAAGCAGAACAACUUAUGACAUUGAUAAGUGCUGCAAAAGAGCAAGGAAUUGAGUUCAUUUAUGCUAUCUCCCCUGGACUGGAUAUAACAUUCUCAAAUCAGAAGGAGGUCUCUACACUGAAAAGGAAGCUAGAUCAAGUGUCUCAUUUUGGGUGCAAGUCCUUUGCUUUACUAUUUGAUGACAUUGAUCACAACAUGUGUCCAGCUGACAAAGAGGUUUUCAGCUCAUUUGCACAUGCUCAAGUGUCUAUUACUAAUGAGAUCUUCCAGUAUUUGGGUGAACCUGAAACCUUUUUGUUUUGCCCCACAGAGUACUGUGGAACAUUUUGUUACCCCAGCGUGGCCCAGUCACCUUACCUUCGUACCAUUGGCGAAAAGCUACUUCCUGGUAUUGAAAUUCUGUGGACAGGUCCAAAAGUAGUUUCUAAAGAUAUUACAGUAGAAUCUAUUGAAGAGGUAACAAAGAUUCUCAGGAGGCCUCCAGUUAUCUGGGAUAAUAUUCAUGCUAAUGACUAUGAUCAGAAGCGACUGUUCCUGGGUCCCUACAAAGGCAGGUCCACGGAACUCAUCCCUCGUCUAAAAGGAGUCCUCACAAACCCCAACUGUGAAUUUGAGUCAAACUUUGUGGCCAUUCACACACUAGCUACAUGGUACAAAUCAAACAUGAAUGGAGUGAGAAAAGACGUUGUCAUGACGGAUAGUGAAGACAGCACAGUGUCCAUUCAGAUAAAGCUAGAGAAUGAGGGUAGCGAUGAGGAACUGGAGACAGACAUCCUCUACAGUCCACAGAUCGCCCUCAAGUUGGCUCUUACUGAGUGGCUCACUGAGUUUGGAGUCCCUCAUCAAUACAACAGUCGUCAGAUAGCUCAUAGUGGAGUGAAGAGUUCCUCUGUUGAUGUUCCCUUACUGUCUGCUCCAUCUCUGGGCUCCUCCACCACGGUUACCACAGUCUUCCAGCAGCCCAUCAUGAGCCCAGCUGCUCCUCUUAGCGAGGAGACGCAUGCACUUCCCAAAGAGGAGGACGAGGAGGUGGUGGAGGUGGAGAAGAAGGACUCAGAUGAGGAGCCCAUGGAGAUGGUGCUGGAAAAACAAGAUGAGGUGGAGGAUGCGAAGAAUGUCAACCAGAUCCUCACAAAAAUCGUAAAAGCAACAAUGACUGAGGACCUCAAACCCAUGGACACAGAUAAGGAAAGCUUAACAGAGUCAAAGUCUCCAGAGAUGUCCCUUCAGGAAGAUUCAGGCAGUGAUGUGGCACCCAUGCAGACUGAUGAGCUAAAUAAAGAGGUGUAUGUUCCAGGACCCAAUGAAAAGCCACUGUACAUAGCUGAAGCGCUCACUCUGGAGGACUUGACUCUGCUGGCGGAGCUCUUCUACUUGCCGUAUGAACACGGCCCCAAGGCAGUUCAAAUGCUCAAAGAGUUCAACUGGCUCAGGGCCAACAGCAGCAUCGUCAGUGUAAACUCCAAAUGCAAAGACCCAGAGAAGGUGGCUGAAUGGCACUCCAGAGCUGAGAAUUUUGAGGAGAUGUGUUGCUCCGUCAUGCAGAUGUUCACCAGGCUCUCCAAUUCGGCCAACAGGACCAUUCUGUAUGACCUGUAUCCCUAUAUCUGGGAUAUAAAGAGUAUCAUCUCUAUGGUGAAAUCAUUUGUCCUGUGGUUAGGGUGUCGUAGUCAGUCCUCAGCACAGUUCUUAAGUGGAGACCAAGAGCCCUGGGCCUUUAGGGGCGGUCUAGCAGGAGAGUUCCAGCGACUGUUGCCAAUAGAUGGGGCAAACGAUCUUUUCUACCAGCCACCACCCUCAAUGCCGACCUCCAAGAUCUAUUCGAUAAGGCCCUACUUUCCUAAAGAUGAGUCUGCUGUCUAUAAGAUCUGCAAGGAAAUAUACACAGAGGGAUGUGAUGGAAUUCCUGUCUCUGAGCAGGAGCCAGACCUAAUUGGAGACAGGUUGGUAGGAGGAUUUCUGACCCUCAGCCCAGACUACGGCUUUGUCCUGGAGGACGAGGAGGGGAUCUGUGGCUAUGCCUUGGGCACUGUGGAUGUUAAGCCUUUUGUGAAGAAAUGCAAGAUGAGCUGGAUUCCAUUCAUGCAGGAAAAGUAUAGCAAACCUGACUCAGAGAAGGACCUCUCUGAGGCCGAGAAAAUGAUGCUAAGCUUCCAUGAGGAGGAGGAAGGUUUACCAGAGUCAUUCCUCAGUAAUUUCCCCUCCCUCAUAAAGGUGGACAUUCAUGCUAAAGUCACUGACCCAAGCGUAGCUAAAAGCAUGAUGGGCUGUCUCCUGUCAUCGUUGAAAGCCAAUGGCUCCCUUGGUGCCUUCUGUGAGGUCCGGCAGAUGGACAAACGGAUGUUGGACUUUUAUAGCAAACUUGGCUGCUUUGAAGUGGCCAAAAUGGAGGGCUUUCCAAAAGAUGUCAUCAUCAUGGGAAGGACCUUGUGAAAAGGAACCAUUUAACCAUUUAAACUGUUAACCUUGGAAGGUCUUGUACAAAUCUACAGUGGUCUGCAUAGAAGGUUCAGAGUGGCUCACUUCCUGUUAUUGUAAAAUUUAGUGGCACAUUUGUAAUUGUUCCACCCAUUGCAGGCUGUCAUUGUAGCUUUUCUUCAAACAGUGCACUUGCUUAAUUUAAGGUACUUCUCAUAGUUACUAUACUUUGCAAUUCAGAGGUGGUGCGAGGUUUUGAGAGUAUGUGUGACUGCAUGUGUUGCCUUGUUGACUCUCGUCUGGUCUGACGAGACUGCUUGAGGUGGCCAGGUGUCAUUUAGUCUUUUACACCAGUCAGGUGUGGCUCGUCGGCAGCUGGCAUGCAUUCAGUACAGUGCAGGUUCUGGUGAGAGUACACCAGGCCCACCACAAAAGAUCAGAGUGAGAGAAGAGGAAAUUAGUUUCCAAACAUUCGCUAUCAUCUGCCAUAAUUUACUCUCUCCUCAGCAAUAAUCUAAAGCAGAUUUAGUUGCUGCUUUACAGUGUCUUACAUAUUGCAGUUGUCCAUCACAAACUGAAGCGUUAAAGUGAACAAAGCAACUAACUUUAGAUAUGGUGAAGCAGUGUUUAUAAAGGAAGUGACUCUGAAUUUAUUCAUCUAAAAAAAUUCAUACUGGUGGGACCGGGGGGGAGAUAAUGGAACCAACAGUGGAGCCUCUCUCUCUCUCUAAUAUAUACAUUUUUUUAAUUCCUUCUUUCUUUCUUUUUUUUUCUUUCUUUUUUUUUUUUACUACACACAAACUUGUAGCAUAGCAUGUGUAUCUUGAUGAUACAUUCGUGUUUUGUACAGCAAUGACUUUUGGGCUGUUGCCUUCCACAGUGGUGUAUUGCAGAAGUCCUGUCCCAUGAAGCUGCACCCCUCCCUCCCACAAGGACGAUCUGUUCCCACAUAUUGAAUGGUCUAAGGUUGUGCCUAUUCAACCUUAUAUCAACAUUUUGAAAGAAGCAUUUGAUUAAAUAAAUCUCUACAUUUGUGUGUUAAGUUACAUUAAUUAUAUGAUUAAUAAUCACCAGUUUUGAGUUCAGCUAACAGUUCAGUCAUUCAGUGAAAUUUAUUGGGAAAAGGCUUCACUAACAACAAAUUGGCUAGAGGAAAUGUCUUCACGCAGUUGUAUUUGACACGUGUUAGUUGUUCCCUGAAAUGAGAUGGGUGGUUUCAUUUUGUUGGUACAUGUCCAGGCAAUAGCAUUGCAUAGAAAUGCAAGUGAGGUGGUGAAAGUCAAAGCUUAAGGUAUCAGUCAAGCAACAUUUUGGCUAGAAAAUGGUCUCAGUCUUCGUUUAGAUAGACGAGAAUUUUUAUUUUUAUUUUUAUUUUUUAAAUGGGUUACCUAAUGCAUAUUUGCUUUUGUUUGUUUUAAAGAUCUAAGUAGUGAUUACUCCAUAUAUCUAGUAACUCAUAAGUACAUAGCCUGUCUAAAUGCAGUUCCAGUAGAAAAGAAAAGAAAAGAAAAAAGAAAAACUUUGAUUUGAGCCUUUCAGCCUAAUGCCUAAACCUAGCUUUUGGCACUGAAUCUAGGCACUCACUGGCAUAUCCAAGUUUAGUAAAUGGGCACAAAAGAUGUCUCAGGUAACCACUAGAAUGAGGAGAAAGGCUUCUGAGUUUGGCCAAUACUGUUUUGUUUGUUGGUUCUGAAAGUCAAGUUCACAUACAAGUUAUAAAGGAAAAAAAAAAAAAAAAGUUUAAAUUUUUAGGGUAUAAACAUUCACAAAGUUGGGUUGGCAACAUUUCAAUAUUUUGGGUUGUAUAUUAUGAUUAUGUAUGUAAUGUUACAUUUUCUGUAAGGUUUGUAUCUAAGAUGGUUAAUUACAAUAAAGUAUGCUAAAUAGA